AAUCUGCCGGCCUGGAGGGUUAGCAGUGAGCAGACAGGGAGGGGAGUGAAACCCCAGAGCCCUUCUCCAGGAACCCUGCUCCAUCCUGCUUCCCACCCACCACUACCACUAAUGCCAUGCUGGAGAAGAGUGGAGGCUUGGAGGUGGCUUCCCAGCCAAUAACUGGCACCUGGAACUGGAGGCCAUGGCCAGGGAGGGGCGGAACCAGUUCCCGGGCGCGGCCAAGGCUACUUAUUUGAUUGUACCAUCUAGGAGACUUCACUCCUGUGGCCCCUGGAAAGAAGGCAACAUGAGGUGUUCUCUGGACACUGGCUUCGGCCUUAGCCCUGCCUGGAAGAGACUGCUUCUAACAGGGACCCUGCUCGCAUCCUGCACCUGCUCUGCUUCCUUGGAGCCGCCCUCCUCUGUGUCUCCAGACUCCUUGACUGAAGGAGCCGUUGCUGUCCUUCCUGUCCCCAGCAACAUUGAUGGCGUUCUCGCCACUUCUUGGUUCCGAGGGCACGAGGCUCGCCCAGAAACCAUGAUCUUCUCCCCUGAGGGCCUCCCAGGGCCUGGCCACACUGGCCGGGAGACCCUGGGCACCCAAGGCAGCCUGGUCAUUAGAAAUGUGACUGCUCAAGACUCAGGCAGCUACACUGUGGUGCUGGAAACCAGCAGGGGACGCAGGAGUAAGACAGAGCAGAUACGCAUCAAGGCCAGCAGUGACCAGCCUUUGCUAGUGACAUUCCCAACUAAUAUUUGGGGUGUCGUCCAGAGUGAGCUCAACUACUCAGUGGUCAUGCAGUGUCUGACUUCAAUCAGAAAACCCAUGAUAUACUGGACCUUCAACGGGAAGCCCUACGAAAUCGGGGAGUACCUGAUCAUCCGGAAGUUGUCCUGGAAGGACCUGGGCACCUAUGCAUGUGUGGUCAAGAACAACCAGGAACAGCAUUCCUCCAAGUCUGUGACCAUCUCACUGCCGCAAAACAAAGUGGAUCCCACAGAAGCUGAGCCCGUCGAGCCGGACCCCGUUCUCCGCGUUUCAGGAGGAGGUGCCUUGGCCCUCAUUGUGGCUGGAAAUAUCGGGUUUGUGAUGCUGAUCGCAGGCAUAAGCUUCACCAUCGUCCAGGGCCUAAGGCAAAGUAUACGGACAUGCAGAUGAAGUAUGGACACCUGUCUGUCAGCCUAAGAGCUGUUGCUAGGAAGAGCAGAAAGAGAAGCCUGGGGCCAUGAGGAAGUUCCUGGGGGCUCCAAAUCAGACCUCCUCCCUCCUGGUUUCCUGAUCUGUGGGACAUCCCCAUCUUGUUGAGAGCCCCGAGGGCUGCUUUCCUCUCCUCUCACCAGCGGCCAACACUCCACCUGCCCAUCUUAUCAAACUCCUGGAAGCCACCUAAAUUAGCAGUGUGUAUUUCAUAAAACUCAUGUGCUGUAAGCAAAAGAAAUUCACUAAAGUGGUUCAAUAAAAAUUAAAAGGAA